CCAUUUGGGGCUCUGGAGCUCAGUCGUUUGCUGGCUUUCAACGCUGUCGGUUCGUUGGUUUUCCGGACUUUCCCCGCUCUCGUUCCUGUGUUGGUGUCGCGUUCUUUCGACGUUCGUUCUGCUGCUUUGCAUUCACACGCCCCCCGACCAGCCACGCCCCCUCCCAUCCGCCCCAAUAAUAUCUGCGACGUGCGACUGUGUGAGUGUUUUAGCAAAUGUUGAAAGGCAGUGGAAACGGCAGCGGAGGCAGCAUGGUGGUUGGCAAAUGAAAAGCCCGUGGAAAGCCGUGCAUACUGAGUAAUGAUUUUCGUGCGAGUGUGUGAAAAUGAAAAUUGUUUUGCUGCGCGUGUUAAAUAAAAACGACAAAGAGUAUAAUAGUACAGCUCAAAAUAAAAAAAUUAAGCUGAAAUUUUGCAGAGAAACAAAACCUGGAAGUCACAAAUAAAAUGGCAGCUUCCCGUUUCUUACACACACAGUCGAAGGGAAAACUGAAAGCUGAUUUUGGCCCAUGAAUGAACUGAUAUUAAGUUUGGCAGAAGAGGAAGACCAUCACCACCACUCCGCCACCCACUCACACAAACACCAUCACAUACAGAUGUGCACACAUAAGAACACAAGCAAUUUUCUAAAGAUUUUGCUGGCCAAAAAAUAAAGCAAGCAGAAACGUGCCGCGCAUUCGGAGGAGAAAAAGUAUAAAAAUACAUACAGCUGGGAAAUAAAUAGCUACCAAAGGAGGGAGGAAAACAGACAAGAGAGAGAGAGAGAGACAGUGAAAGGAACAGAGAGAGAGAGAUAGAACGAGACGUGGGCGCAGUUUUUGAGAGUUGAGGGGCAACCAUCGGUGAUGUGGGACACAUCCCGCCACGGGCAAUGCAACAACCCCAACGUUAUAUACCGUCUGUAUCUGAUCUAUAUGGCACGGACGAGAUAGAACUGCUGCUGGACGAGAUUCGGGAGCUGGAGCUGGAGCCGGUCUGCUGUCAGCUGGACGAUGAGCAGGACUUUGAAAUAGCUGGCAGCAGGGCCGGCGAGCUCUCCCACUCGCACUCGCACUCGCUGUCCUUGGAAUCCCCCCUCGGAACCUGCACCUCCUGGGACUCCCAUGCCAACUACAAGCAGAGGGGCGGCCACACCCCCCUGCCCUGGGGCGUCGCCCUCCACUGUGAUCCGCAACACUUGAAAUCGCCUACAGGGAUUGUGCGCAUACUAUUGGUGUUAUCCUCGGCCGCCUGCCUGGCCUGCGAAUGCUCCGCGGGCACCGUACAGGUGGGCCUCUUUCUACUGCCACUCAUCGGACGCCUGAGGCUGAUGGUCUUCUGCGCGCUCUUUUCGCUACUCAUCACGUGUCUCAUGCUCUUUCUGGAUAUAUCGCAUAUAGCCCUCAUGUUCCCAUUCAACUGGACAAAAGUGAACACGUGGAUGUACCUGAGUGUUGGUUUGAUAUUUAUUUUGAGCUCCACGCUGCUUGUCCACAUGGUGCUAUAUGCGACUGAAUACACAUGGGUAUCCAAGCACUCCAAGGACACGCUUCUGGCCACUGGGAUAAUUGGCUAUCUGUGCGCCCUGGAGGCAUUUCUUCUGUCGGGCAUCGCAUCCUGGCCGUGGAGUCAGUACCGCCAGGUUCCCGACGAUGCCAGCGAAUUGUUCAUCGAGGAUCGCGAGAUGACGCCGAUGAGUCCCAUUAAUUGUAGCACCGAUCUGCAGGCGGCGCCAUAUCAUCACAAUGGCAACGCGACCACCUCGGAUCUGUAUAACCAACAACAACAAUCGUCCUAUAAUCAAAAGCCUUAUAUACCUGCCAAACGACCCAAUGAGCUCAACAAUCAGCGUCCAGCAUUGGGUCACACACAAACCGCACGGUCGAAACCCAAUCAACGCUAUCGAGAGGGCUACCACUAUCACACAUCCCGCCAGAGUCCCACUUUCGUGCUGGGCGAUGAUCAGGGUGCCGGUCCAUCCACGUCCCGUUCCAAUGAUAACUCUAGUGCGUGAUAGUUCUUAAUGCCUCAGCCAGACGAAGGACACAGCAGGGAGAACUUGGCCAGGCGUCCGAGGAAGGGGAAUAGUUACAGAGAUCUCUAAGCCAUUAAAUUCGGGAAAAUCAAUUGGAAGCAUGUUGCAGCACUUUGAUCGAUGUAGAAAGUGAACGAACACAACGGACAAAAUUGUUAAUUAGUUUAAAACCACACGCGAAACUCGUCGGAAUUAGAAGUUGAGACACCAAGAGAGAAAAUAUUUAAGCAGCCGAGCAAAGCAAACAAUAAUAAAUUUAAUAUAUAUUGUGUGUGUAUGUGUACUACGAGCCGAGAGAGAAAUUUAAAGAAUUUAAGCCACGAGAAAUUUGAAACGCAGAUCAACGUGAUCUGCGCCCAUUUGAUUAGUUAUACGAACACCAACACCCUUGAAAUUGGUCAAUGUCGAGCUAUAACUAAAAAGGAUAUUAAAUUGGUAACUAUACGGUAUCAAGGUAACGCGCGAAAAUUGCAAGCAAAAUUGAAGAUUAGAAUUGGAAGAUUACAAAGAGCAUGGACAUGGAAAUCAACUUGUUAUAAACGUAGUUUUGCUUAUUUUUUAAUAAAAACAAAUAAUUCAAGAAAAACGAAA